AUGGCCAUGGCCGCAGAAAAAGGUGCUCCACUCUUUGAGCAUCUGGUUUUCUCAAUCGUCCCAAGCAGAGAUCUCAUAGAGGCGCAGAUUGUAGGGUUGCAAGGAACUAUAGAAGAUCAUAAGGGAGAAGUACUUGCUAUCAAACGAAAUGGAAAGAUUGAUCUCGACAAUGUCACCCACAUAAUCGCAGCGACGAGCGACUUUCCGCAAUACUUAGAGGCGCGUCAAAAUAUGAUAUGUAUUGUGAGGCCAAGUUGGGUCACAGAAUCGCUCUUGAAACGCAAGCCAGCUCAGACACGGCCUCACUCCCCGGAUCCGAAUCUUUUUUUCUCUACACUCGUCAUUACUUGCGCCGACAUCCCUUCGGGCGACAAAGCCGCUGUUGCUGGUGCUGUCGUAGCUUUGGGCGGGAUGGAGUCGAGUAGUUUGACGAAGUUGACGACGCAUAUUUGUGCUCUUACAAUGGAUCAUCCGAAAUGCCAGCAAGCUGUGGAGAGAAAUUUAAAAUGCCAGAUAGUCUUGCCUCACUGGUUCGACGAUUGCCUGAAGCUUGGCAAGAAGAUAGACGAGAGGCCAUACUUGCUCCCUAAUCCAGAGAUUCUCCGAGUGAACCCCGACGAUGCUGUCCCACUACCAACUGAAUCCACCAACAUUCAGGGAGCUUCAUCUCCGCGACCAGAAUCUUUACCCCUUCCUACGGACUCCCCCCGACAUCUCGAUGUUUUCCAAAGCAAGACUGUUAUGAUGUCGGGGGACCUUGAAAUUGGCAGCCGACUUCGCAAAGUACUUGAGGACCUGGUCAUUGACGGAGGUGGAGCUAUCACUCAUUCUGUUCACAGUGCGGACAUGUUUAUUUGUCAAUGGCGUGACGGAAGAGAUUAUGUUUUCGCUUCCUGUGCUGGUAUAGACGUGGGGAACCUUGCAUGGUUAUAUCACUUGAUUACCCAUAAUGAGUGGACUUCACCCCUUAGGAGACUAUUACAUUAUCCUCUUCCUCGGGGUGGAAUACCUGGCUUCGAAGAAUUUCGCAUCACACUUUCGAACUACGGCGGCGAAGCGCGCACAUAUCUGGAAAACCUCGUCCUUGCUGCCGGUGCAGAAUUCACGAAGAGCAUGAAAGUAGAUAACACCCACCUGAUCACAGCGCGAAAGUCGAGUGAGAAAUGCAAUGCCGCAGAUGAGUGGAACAUCAACAUGGUGAACCACCUCUGGAUAGAGGAAAGCUAUGCUCGUUGCAAGAUGCAAGAGUUGACCGACCCUCGAUACACGCAUUUCCCGCCAAGAACGAAUCUAGGCGAGGUGAUAGGUCAAACACAGUUUGAUCCGAAGGUUCUCAAGGCUGCCUACUUCCCCAAAGAUCCUACCCCUGGUCCGGACGAUCCUAAGCCGUUGAGCCGCCCAGUGAUGCAGGAGAAAGAUUCGAACUUAUCAAGCCCGAGGAAGUCUGACGACGACACUGCCAUGGGAAGUCAGGACGAAAAUAAUGACCAAGAGGACGAACAUACUGGUAAAGCUGAGAAGAAGGGGCAUGCUAGUCUUCCCAAAUCAAGAGCUACCACGGCCGCGAAUGUCAGCACUCCAUCGGCAAAGCGCCGCAUUAGUACGGGUAGGGGAAACAGCACGCCCUCCUCGAGUAGAAGUGCAAAACAGCAAGCAGUUUUAUACAUUAGUGGGAUGGCAGGUGAUAUCGCUCUUUAUGAAAAAGAGAAGAAGAGAAAGGGGCCAAUUUGGGGUGGCGAACGCGCCGCAAAUCAAAUCGAUAAGCAGAGGUCCCUUGAGCGUAGUUCAAGCCCAGCACAGAAGGAAGAGGACGGAUAUUCGGACGAGGAAACUCGGACACCAAAACGUCAGCGAAUUAGCCUUCCACCGAUCAGCAUAAAACUUCUCGUCACUGGUUACCAAGCGUGGGUAAAUAAUCCUACAAAGGAGGACAUGGACAAGAAAAAAUUACGAGAACUUGGCAUUCAGAUAGUGCAAGAUCCUAAAAAGUGUACCCAUCUCGCCGCCCCAGCGAUGGUUCGGACGAAAAAGUUCCUAUGUGCCUUGGCAAUGGGACCUACCAUUGUCAGGUCAGACUUUAUCGAUGCAUGUAUAAAGACUGGGGAAGUUCCGGAUGCUGAGGACUUCAAUCUCAAAGACUCGGACAACGAGAAAAAAUUCAAAUUAAAACUAAAAGACGUUGGGCGUCGAGCAAAGGCUAAUAAACGGUCUUUGCUCAAACGCGUUCCGAUAUAUUGUACACAGGACAUUCCCAAUGGACCUGAAACCUACGAGGAUAUCGUCAAAGCAAAUGGGGGCAUCUUCGCCAUAUAUAAUGGCAAGCCUACCAUUAAGAAAACAAAUCCGGCAGAAGAUGAAAUUGGCCCGGAACCUGUAUAUUUGAUCACCGGCCAGAAGCCAACCGAGCGGAAACUUUGGCCCUCCUUUGCGGCAAUGGCGAGGGAUGGAAAUAUGUUACCACGGAUUGUAACCACGGACUGGAUCUUGGAUGUUGCGAUGGCUCAACAGCAAAAGUGGGACGAUAGCUAUCUGGCUGAAGGCCAAUGA